AGUCGACGACUGAGCUGUCAUUGCUACAGAAGUACCCCGUACAGCUGGAGCAGCUUCCAGUCUUGUCGCUGCACACCUGACAGGUCCUUGACCUCUUUCUCCUCCUUUUUUUCCCUUCUCAGGGUGUCUCCCCACCCAGUACCUUGCCACCAUCAGGCUGGCUAUUUUCUUUGCUGCAGAGAUCACAUUUACUUAGAGGGGGCGUUCGAUCCUUCAUCAUCCUAGCAUUGGUCUACUUUCGGCGUUAUAAACCCGGAGGAUUCUCAGCUGUGCCCUUCACCUCACCUGCCGAUACCGUCUUGAACUCACAUUUGGACUCGGAAGACCGCAACUACCACAUUGUUUAUUUCUGUCCCACUGCGAAACAUACCAUAUCCUUAUCCAUCGGAUCGCCCAUCAUGUCUGAUAAACCCGCCAUCGUUCAACCUCGUCCGCGGCGAGUGUUCGACCUUACGCCUGCUUUGAACGAAUCGUCCGAACCUCCUACUCCUGCGGAGCCCGCCAACUCUGAUCUGCUCAAUCCCAAGGAAGCCGGUUCGACCAGCGUAAGCCGCACUGCUUCCAUCAUGAAUCUGACGUCGUCUACGCUUUAUGGGAUUUAUUCUCCGACCGCAUUCGAAGGCGAGGGACAAACACCUAUCUCGGAGAAUCCACCAAUUAUUAAAACGUCUCCUGAGACGCCAAUUCGCCAUUCACUGCAGAGAACUCGGUCGCGCCUCAGUCAUGGGCUAUUCCGUGGAGUGAUUCUGCCUCAGGUGUUCCGAAGUGUGCUUCUCUUUGGGUUCGGUGUGGCCUACGGAGUUAUCACAGUCCAUUUACAUGAGAAUCACUGGAUCACACCGGUGAAGUUGGAGAAUAUUCGCUACUACGACUCUUGGCAAUACCUGGGUUUGUGGGGUCUGGCUGGAGUUGCUCUAGGGAAUGUGCUUCCCUGGCUGGAUUCCUUUGCUGGAGAGUGGGAUACGGGUCGUUUCCGGACCGUCAAAGGGCAGGAGAACAAUCGUCCCCGCGAAGAUCGUACGCCUGCUUGGGUUACAGUGGCCCGGAGCGUUGGGGCCUUUGUUGGAAUUGCGUUUGCUCUGAGGAGACUUCCCUGGGAAUCAACAACUCAGGCGUCUGCCACUCUUGCUCUAGUCAAUCCUGUGCUGUGGUAUCUCAUUGACCGCACAAAGGCAGGCUUCCUCUUGUCGACCGUGGUGGGACUAGCUGGGACAGGUGUAGUGCUGGGGCUCAAACCGGAGUUAGUCCCAACGUCCGCAGAUACUUCUGCGACUACCAUCCCUCUGUUGAAUGGCACUGUCCUGGAAUAUGGACUGCCGACGGGCCUCACUCAGGAGGGUGUUGCGAUCCGCAUAUGGCUCUCAAGCGUUCUCUUCUGCGCCUGCGUCUGCUUUGGCAACGUCGGCCGGCAACUUGCCAUCGGAGGUACAAGCAGAGAUGGACUCGAUUAAUGGAGUCCAUGUCAACGUCCUUCGAAUUUUUUGCCUAUUUCGUGUUCAUUUUUACGUCGCUGAGUUUUGGGUUGAUCGGCUCCAGGUAGCUUUCUUCAACAGGUUACCAUUGAUAGAUAGGUUUCUUAGCAUAGAAUAGCUUCAUGAUAGGGCAAUGCAAUGAUCCUGAUCACCAAGUCCUAAGCACCAAGUCCUAAGCUCGGAGGCUUAAGCUUUGGGUAUGAUCUUAC